AGCGAAACACCUCCAUGGGCUGAGCGUGAAUAAAGGCUGCCGCGCCCCGGUUGCCUGCCAGAACUCUCCAUCUGGCUGCACUCGUAUCGACGCUGCGCUGAAAAAAUGGCCGUGAACAAGUUUAUAAAGUAUUCCUUAUUCAUCUUUAAUUUCCUGUUCUGGCUAUGCGGAUGUGGCAUCCUUGCCAUCUCCAUAUACCUGAAAGUGACCAACAAUGGGAACAAGAUCCUGAACGUGACGAUUCCCGGCGUCGACCUGUUGAUCGCCAUCGGUGCGGUGAUCAUGGUCCUUGGUUUCCUCGGAUGCUGCGGCGCCGUCCGCGAGAGCCGCUGCAUGCUGCUGCUGUUCUUCAUCGGCUUGCUUCUUAUCUUCAUCCUCCUGCUGGCUGCAGGAAUCCUGGGCGCUGUUGCACAGGCACAGGUUGACAGCUGGAUAAAUGGACAGCUGAAAAAUCUUGUGCCUUUAUCCAACCAGCCAUCAGACGUCCAGAAUGAUCUCGGCACGUUGCAACAAGAGGGCCAAUGCUGUGGCCUGACAGGGGGGCCCCAGGACUGGGGCAACCAAGUGCCAAGCUCAUGCAAAUGUACAAACACAUCCGCCCCAUGCACAACCAUGAGCGGUAACAGUGUGUACAGCACGCCAUGUGUAACAUAUGUGUCAAACAUAAUGAAGAAAAACAUGAAGAUUGUCGCAGGAAUUGGUUUUGCCAUCGGGGUAGUGAUGCUUAUAGGAAUGAGCUUCGCCAUGACCCUCUACUGCCAGAUUGGGAGGAAGGGCGGCGUCACCACCUCCUGAGAUGGCCUUCAAGAUGAUUUCUGUCCCAGCUACAAGAUGAUCAUUUAUAGGUGACAGCUGAAGGAAAAAAAAAUGAAUUUGUAAAUGCAUAAGACAUGGAGGAAUAAGGUUCGCAUGCAAAACUCAGUUUUAAAUUUGGGCUAAUUGGAUUCUGGAGCAGAUUUCUAGCAUAGAACACUGUCCAGCCUUCUGUGUAACUAACCAGAAAUGCCUAUGAAGAAAUUCAGAUGAGAACGUUCAUGCGUUUUGUUUAAAGAGAUGUAUGUCUGCAGUCGAGUAACAUUUUUAUUUGUCUGUCUUAACAGUUGGUGGUGGUUUGACUUCGUAUUUAAUGACAAUGUUGGUCAGGGUGUUAAUCGGCACUCUGCAUGAAUUACCAAUUUCCGGAACUGUAUUGCGCUGCUCGCACCAGACUUGUGAUAAAUGCUCUGUUUCUGAAAAUGCUAAAGAAUUGUGUCCUUUCAGCUUUUACUAAAAAAAAUAAACAUGGGAAACUUA